UUCAUUGCCGCAGUAUCUCAUAGAAAUUCAAAGCAAUUGGACGUGUUUUAUCUAAAAUAUCCAAGUUGUUUCAUUUUUUCUUUUUAAUUUUGUUUUUAAACCUGUGCAUAUAACGUGGACCACGUAUUAUAAGGGAACGUGAAAACUAUUUUCUUAAAAGAAAACCAAAAAUGGGAAUGAUAACACGAGUUCGGGGACGAAUUAGAGCAAAUUCAUUUGGAGUCGAUAAGGAAAAAACAGCACAAAGCGUUUGUCUUUUGAGUGCAGUAUUAUUGCUUCCUUUUUGCCCAAGGGGGCCCCUUCCUUUGUUGCCUCCACCUGCACCCGCACUUUAUUCGGCCCUGGUACUUCCGGUUGUUUUCAGUGCCAACUACAGAUAUCCAGUUUCAACAUUAAAAACAAUCGUUCAAACAACUAGAGAUCUUGCGAAAAAAGGAUGGAAACCUCUAAGUGGUUUCUUGAAACGUAUCCAUGGACCAAUUGAUAGGGCGGAGAAUCUCUUUUUAAAAAUGAAAAAUCUCUCACUAAUGAUGAAUCAAAUAGUAUUUUUGAUGUUGUCCGACAAAGUUCUCGUUCCACAACAGCGAAUGACAUGCUUGUAUACCCUUAUGUUUUACAAUGUGAUUGCCUACUGUGUCAGUUAUAUUAAGGAGCUUAUUGAAAAAGAGGAUUGGUCACCGUACGUUACACUCACCGAACAAUCGCAAAUUAAACAUCUCGCCAUGUCGGCAACAAAAAUUGUUCUCGAAUGGACGAAAGCUGUCACUUUUGUUGUGACCAUUACUUUUAUGCUACUUUUCUUCGGUCUCGAACAAGGACUGGACAAUUAUAGACCUUCAAUGUUGUACACAUCAAUUACAUGGCUCUAUUAUUUAGCCACCGAGAAGGUGUUUGUGGAAAUGUUCCCGGGAAUACUUAUUUUUCUUCAAUUAGAAAUUCUUGAGAAUAUUGAAAAUCUUUAUGCACCGGUGAUACUUCGUUGUUUUACAAUUGUCAUGUCAUUGAUUUUCACACUUAUUCUAAUUCCCACAUCAGCGUCGUGGAGAUUUUUACUAGUCGCCACCUAUAUCAACGUCUAUUUGAGAUCAAAGGAACUCGCUCAAAAUUCCGGCUCCGCACUUCAAAAAGAAAGACAAAUUCUUAAUAGAUAUAGAAAAGCAACAUGUGAGGAAAUUGAAAAAUUUGAUGAUGUUUGUGCCGUUUGUCUAUUUUCAAUGACAAAAGCACGUAUCACACCAUGUCAUCAUAUUUUUCAUGCCGAUUGUCUAAGACAAUGCCUUAAGAGUAGUGACAAAUGUCCGAUGUGUAAAAGAGAACUCAAAUUCGAUUGAGAUGGUUGUUAUUACAUUAUUAUAAAUAUGUGAUGUGAUUUUAAAAGAAAGAGACCUAAGAACCAAAAAAUUAUAGGUUACUCUGAUUAAAAUUCCUGACUCCUUCGAUUUGAAUUAAUUCGGAAUUAAAGUCGAAACAGACCGGUCAGAACUUUGUCAUCCAGAAUUAGUUCAGUUAAGUCCAAAAUUUUCCCGAUUUGUGUAACUAUAUCCGGAAUUUAUUAGGUUUAAUCCGAAGUCAUUCCGAUCAAAUGCAUCUAGUUUCAAGGUUAAACUAUCAUAAACAUAGUCUAAAUUUUUGUACUUCUUAGGUCUCGUUCUUUGUAGACACCGUCACAUUUAUGAAUCUCCGAUGACGUAAAUACUCUGUGAUAAGAAAAAAAGCACAAUAUGCUACUUUCAUAUUUUUCAUUUUUUCCAUCUUCAUAUUUUUUAUACUAAAUAUGCAUAUAUGCCAAAAAAGCAUAUACAGGGUGAUUUUUAUGUUCGGCACCCCCUACAUAUUUUUAAAUCUCAUUUCUUUCGUUUUUUAAAUAAAAAAAGUUGAAUUAAAAAAUAUUGUUGGAGGUAUGGAAUAUAAAAAUCACACUGUAUAUAUGAGACAUUAUCCGAGAAUAAAGCCACCCCAAAUAUAUCGGAGUAAUCAUUAAAAUCUGUAUAAGUUUGACUUAACUUUAUCGAAUUUAAUUUUCAAAAAGUUUUUAAUUGAGCAGCAGUGUGCAAUAACAAUACGUACGCUUAGACCAUGCUUGAACUAUCUGUCUUCUUCUUCUAUAUUAGUAACCUCUUGCGGAGUAAAUAGUCAUUACAAAACUUAGACC